GGGGCGGCUCCACGGAGAUCGAUACCGUGCUUGCAGAGCAUAACGUCUCUGUGACCGCGGCUGGUUCUUUUGAGGGCGGACGGUCUGAGUCCGGUUCACCAGCGGUUGUGCAGCUCGUUCUGCUGACAGCCCGUACGAAGAGAACGAAGGAGGAAUGUAACAGAUAACGUUAAUUAGCGGAACCUUGCGCCCGCUGUCCUCCCUCCUGCCGAACGCGCGCGCCACCGCUGCCGCCGUCGCCGUGCUCCUGGGAAAGUUCCAGCGCAGCGGAUGGAUUCCGCACGAAGGCGCUGAGGCUCCAGCCUGACUGACGCCGGGGGCUGUGCCGCUGCUCUGGCUCCUCGCGCACAGACGUUCCACACCUCCACAGCACGAGUAGAGCUUAGAGUCCCGUGACGGCGACGGUCGCGUCUGGAGCAGAAGAUGGAAACUUUAUCUUGGCAUCUGGCUGGUUAAGAAAUACCCCCUCAUCCACAGGCCAGCUUCUCGUCUCGAGUUCCUGCUCCACUAGAUAUCGCCACAACCCAAAGUGUUUGCUUUGUGGUGGCAGCUGUCCAGACUUCUACUAAAGUGGUUCUGCUUGUGCAGCACAGGCCAACAGUCCGGCUUCUACUGGCGGUGGGCUUAACUUUCCCACCCCACGCUUGUGGCUCCUCCUUCGUGCCAACUGCUUGUCCCGAUGCACUCCACCACCUCCAUCACCUCCCUGUUCUCCUUCACCAGUCCAGCAGUGAAGCGACUGCUUGGUUGGAAGCAGGGUGAUGAGGAGGAGAAAUGGGCUGAGAAGGCUGUAGACUCCCUGGUGAAGAAGCUGAAGAAAAAGAAGGGUGCCAUGGAGGAGCUGGAGCGAGCACUAAGUUGCCCUGGGCAGCCCAGCAAGUGUGUGACCAUUCCACGCUCACUGGAUGGCCGACUCCAGGUGUCUCACCGCAAGGGCCUCCCCCACGUAAUUUAUUGCCGGGUGUGGCGUUGGCCUGACCUGCAGUCUCAUCAUGAGCUCAAGGCUCUGGACUGCUGUGAGUUCCCUUUUGGCUCCAAGCAGAAGGACAUCUGUAUAAACCCCUACCAUUAUCGCAGGGUGGAGACUCCAGUGCUGCCCCCUGUGCUGGUCCCACGCCACAGCGAAUUUAACCCACAGCACAGCCUGUUGGCCAAGUUCCGCAAUGCCUCCCUGCACAAUGAGCCCCUGAUGCCACAGAAUGCAACUUACCCGGACUCCUUCCACGCAUUGCCCUGUAGUGCCUUCUCCACUUCGCCCUCUGGUUCUCUCACACAGUCACCUGGCACCCUCAGCUUUCCCAAUUCUCCUGGUAGUGCCGCUGAGCCGGGGAGUCCCUACCAGGUUACAGCUGAGACACCACCCCCUCCAUACAGCAUGUCAGAGCCACCUGAAGAUAUCAAGCCAGGGGACUCCUCCAACCCUAGCAAGCUCAUGUUUUCUGCCCCCAACAGAGACCUACGACCUGUGUGCUACGAGGAGCCGGAGUACUGGUGUUCCGUUGCCUACUACGAGCUCAACAACCGGGUGGGGGAGACCUUCCACGCUUCAUCCCGCAGCAUUCUAGUUGAUGGCUUCACUGACCCCUCAAACAAUAAGAAUCGCUUCUGCCUUGGUCUGCUGUCCAACGUGAACAGAAACUCAACGAUCGAGCACACUCGCAGACAUAUUGGAAAGGGUGUGCACCUGUAUUACGUGGGUGGCGAGGUAUAUGCAGAGUGCUUAAGCGACAGCAGCAUCUUUGUCCAAAGCCGAAAUUGCAACUACCAACAUGGCUUUCACCCUACCACUGUCUGCAAGAUUCCCAGUGGCUGCAGCCUCAAGAUCUUCAACAAUCAGUUGUUUGCCCAGCUGCUGUCGCAGUCUGUCAACCAUGGCUUUGAAGUGGUCUAUGAGCUCACCAAGAUGUGUACCAUUCGCAUGAGCUUUGUCAAGGGCUGGGGUGCGGAAUACCACCGGCAGGACGUUACUAGCACCCCCUGCUGGAUUGAGAUCCAUCUGCAUGGGCCACUGCAGUGGCUGGACAAAGUUCUGACCCAGAUGGGGUCUCCACACAACCCCAUAUCCUCGGUGUCCUAACACUGAACACCAGCUGGCCAUGGGGAAGGGUGGGGGAUGCUGUCCACAUGUUCUGAUUUUUCAAAUUUCGCCAUGGCGAAAGACAUUCGGUCACUAGUACUCAGAACACCUUUGUUCUUGUGCAGUGUAAGUCUUUUGAUGAGUCAUAUAAUUGGUAAGUAUAUGUUGUGAAGUUGUAAGAAGAAUGGCAUUUACUCUUGGGUACUAAAAAAAAAAAAUCUAAUCCUUGAUCAUUUCAUUUCAAAAUUUAGUGUGCAAUAUUUAGUCAGAACAUAUUAGUGGGUCCUUUUGGACAUCUUGUGUACAGUGGCAUGUUUUUUUUUAUAAAAUUUUAUUGGCCUUUAACACAUUCUCCCUAAUUCAUUUAAAAUGGCCUCUUAAAUUUUCUUGUAGCGUGUGGGUUUUGCUGAUAUGCAGUGUAUUGUGGAUGUUUGAGCAGCUGUAUAGUGCAUGAGUAGCCUUGACUGUCUUGGUUGUGCUAGUUAGUCUGCCUAGUCGCACUUAAACUGAAGAUGUCUGUGCAUAGUCAGUAGUGUUUAGACUAGUCUGCCACAACAUCAUUUUUCUAACAAGGAUAUUCAUUCUGCCUCAGAGGCUCUUCAGCCAGCGUGUUCUGCAGGUCUGUGUACGUUGUGUUCAUUUUUUUAAUAUUGAAAGCAGAAAAAUUAGAUGACUUUUUGUUUGAGCG